ACAGCCAAACUCCCCAACUCCGCCCUCGUCCCCGCGGGAUCCCGGAGCCCGAGCCGCCGGCCUGGGGCCGAGGCCGCCCGAGCCGCGCCGCGAGCGAACAUGGCAGCAGAAUGAGAAGCCUGGCGCCGGGUCGUGGCCGCCGGCGCCGCGCUGCAGCUCCAGAUCCGCGUCCGGCGCCCUCCGAGCAGCGCGCCUAGCCGGCCUCCUGGUGGCCGCUGGAUUAUUUCAUUCGGAGCCGAGGGCGGGGGAGAGACCGGGACCCUGCAGCCGCGGCGGUCCGUGCUCUGGCAGGGGGUGCGACUCGCCGGCUGCGGAGACCACGCGGGAGAGAGCGGGUCCCGGGCUGCGGCGGCGCGGGCGCGGGGAUGAGCCGGCCAUGGGGCGGCCUCGGCGGGGUUCGCGGAGCCGGCGGGCGCUGCGGCGGGGGCGCUGCCUGAGCCGGGGCUCCGCGGGGCUUCGGGGCCUCGGGCGCCCCGGGGGCGUCCCUGCCGCCGCCUCCGGGAGGGACGAGAGCCCCGCGUGGCGGACACUGCAGCAGACGCCGUACUGAGGCGCCCCGAGCCUGCUCCGCCUUGCAGCUCGGUGCGCUCUCGGCACCCGGGCGCCUUGCCCGGUUGCACGGGCGGCUGGCGCACCGCGGCGAGCCGGGCGCAGGACUGGCCAGAGUGGUGUGCGUGAGCGUGUUGGACCGGAGAUCUGGGCUGAAGCAGAACCCGGCGGACCGGAGCAGCCAUGCUUCCCGGGGUGGGCGUGUUCGGCACCAGCCUCACGGCCCGGGUCAUCAUCCCGCUGCUGAAAGACGAGGGCUUCGCGGUGAAGGCGCUGUGGGGCCGCACGCAGGAGGAAGCGGAGGAGCUGGCCAAGGAGAUGAGCGUCCCCUUCUACACCAGCCGCAUUGACGAGGUGCUGCUGCAUCAGGACGUGGACUUGGUGUGCAUCAACCUGCCGCCGCCCCUCACCAGGCAGAUCGCCGUCAAAACCCUGGGCAUCGGCAAGAACGUCAUCUGCGACCGCACGGCCACGCCUCUCGACGCCUUCCGCAUGAUGUCGGCCGCCCACUACUACCCCAAGCUCAUGAGCAUCAUGGGCAACGUGCUGCGCUUCCUGCCGGCCUUCGUGCGCAUGAAGCAGCUCAUCGAGGAGGGCUACGCGGGCGAGCUGCUGGUGUGCGAGGUGCAGGUGCACGGCGGCAGCCUGCUGGGCAAGAAGUAUAACUGGAGCUGUGACGACCUGAUGGGCGGCGGCGGCCUGCACUCGGUGGGCACCUACAUCAUCGACCUGCUCACCUUCCUCACCGGCCAGAAGGCCGUCAAGGUCCACGGGCUGCUCAAGACCUUCGUCAAGCAGACGGACCACAUCAAGGGCAUCCGCCAGAUCACCAGCGACGACUUCUGCACCUUCCAGAUGGUGCUGGAGGGCGGCGUGUGCUGCACCGUCACCCUCAACUUCAACGUGCCCGGCGAGUUCAAGCAGGACGUGACCGUGGUGGGCUCGGCCGGGCGCCUCCUGGCGGUGGGCACCGACCUGUACGGGCAGCGCAACGGCGCCCCCGAGCGGGAGCUGCUGCUGCAGGACGCCACGCCCGUCAGCAACUCCCUGCUGCCCGAGAAGGCCUUCAGCGACAUCCCGUCGCCCUACCUGCGCGGCACCAUCAAGAUGAUGCAGGCCGUGCGCCAGGCCUUCCAGCACCAGGACGACCGGCGCACGUGGGACGGGCGGCCGCUCACCAUGGCCGCCACCUUCGACGACUGCCUGUACGCCCUGUGCGUGGUGGACACCAUCAAGAGGUCCAGCCGGACGGGCGAGUGGCAGAACAUUGCCGUCAUGACCGAGGAGCCCGAGCUGAGCCCCGCCUACCUGAUCAGCGAGGCCAUGCGCCGGAGCAGGAUGUCCCUGUACUGCUAGCUGGGACUGGGGACCCAGGGGGACUCAGGUGUGCAGCGUGGAGCCCAGAGAGGGGGAAGGCGUGGGGGGGGCGGGAAGGCGGAGGGGCAGGGUGAGUGGAGUGGCCCCAGGAAGGUUGAAGCCCAGACUGGGUGAGGGCCACCUAAUAAGACUGUGGGCUGGCUGUGCCAACAGCCUGGGAGUGUUCAGAGGGCCUGACCUUCGGGAGGUCGCCCCAGCCGGUCGUUUGCCCGAGGAGCCGGUGGCUUAGCCUCUCGUUGCCCCCUCACCAGGAGAAGCAAAGAGGCGGAUGCUUUCCUCCUCCCUCCCUCCCUCCCUCCCUACACACUGGCCUCCUUGGCAGCCAGAUGCUCCUGUGACCCAAUGGCGAGCUCAGUGGGGUGCCGGCUUCCCCCCCCCCCCCACCCGCCUGGCAGGAGAAGGCAGCCCUCACAGGUCCACAGAAUCCUGUUAGUCUGGGGGGUGGGGUGGGGGUGGGGGUGCAGUGGGCUAAUGAGAAGGUUCAGAUUCCAGAAAGCCACUUAAAAUGUCUGAAGGAAAAAGUACUUGGUAGCAAAGUGAAUAGCGGGCUUGAUCGAUUGGUCUUCCUCCUAGGAAGCAGCAGGGGGUGUCUUCCUAAUUGGUGCACUGCCCUUGGCCUGGCUGGAGGAGGGGUAAGGGAGAGCCAGGAAUAGCCAGCAAGCCAAAAGGGGAGCACCCAGUCACAGGCUGCAUGGAAACAGAGUAGGCGGAGAGUAAAAUAGCCCUUUGGGUUUGUCAUCAAUUACAAUCCUGUUUCGGGUGGGGUAGAACUAAGCGUAAAGGGAUAUGGGCUGGAGCGUCCUCUCCAGCGGGGUCAAGGGCACAGCCGGAACGGGUCAGACUACAAGUUCACGGGCCGCCCUCACGUGCUGCGUGGGCAUCUCUCAGCAGACGGGAAAGUGAGCCGGCCCUUGGCGGGCUCUGGCCUCCAACACCCGGGCCUCCUACCAAGCCCGUAAAGGACUUCUAGGAGAUUCGCCCAGCUUCGUGGAUUUAAAAGGGAAGCCUUAGGUUCCAAGCAGAUAUAAUCCUCUUCCCGUAAAAAAAAAAAAAAAAAAAAAUUCAAGGGUGUUUUCCUUAGCUUUGACCUUUGCUUUCAAGAUUCUGACACCUGUAAGGUUUUGAAUGGGUAUUAAAGCAAAAGGCAACAAGGAAUAUCAUGUUCAGUGUUUCUACUCUGGGGCUUUAGAGCCCACGGAGGUGUAUCUUCACGUAGGGUUGAGAAGGUGCACGUUGGAAAAAAA